AUGGACUUCUACAUGCAUAAAUCGGGCAUCUACAAGUCCAUGGCAACGACAACAUGGAAGGACGCCUAUUAUGACGAUGCUAAACAGCUGAACAACGAUAAUAACCAGAAUUCAAAUACAGUCGAAAAUGAGUUAAGCUUGGCUUUGCAGAAUCUAUGGUCAGCAGCAUCAUCGGCAAAUUUACUAGAUCAACUUAAUCAAUUAGAGCAAUUUAAUUUCCUUAGUAAUCAUGAACAAGAUUUGCUAAAUCAUAACUUUAGCUUUGAAAUACAGCUUGAAGCAAUGCAGGUCCUUGCGCUGCUAGUAAAGCUUGAUAGUCUGAGCCCAAUUUUAACUAAACUUCAUACAGCGUAUGAAUACGUUUUAAAUUGUGGCUUAAUCCAAGAAUUAGCUAAAGUUAUAACCUUGAACAAAUCAGUACAAUUCCUUAGAGCGGCUGCUUCGGCUUUGAAGCUAAUAGCUCGAGGAGAAGCUUCGUUAAGAAAUGAAGUUGUUAUUGACUUACUGGGUAUCGUAACUGUCCUUAUACAAUUUGAUGAUAUUGAGCUUAUUUGUAACAUUAUAUGGACAUUAAAGUACUUAACAGAUUAUAGGGAUGAAAAUGUUCAGACACCAGCGUUGAAAACUUUAGGAAAUGUAGUAGCCGGUAAUAGUAAGCAAGCUAAGUUUGUGGUUGAUAUGAAAUUGUUACCGCUAUUGAAAAAGUUGCUAACAAGAUCUGAUAGCUUGCAACAAAAAGAAAUUUUUUGGGUGUUUUCUAAUGUUGCGGUAGAUGAAUCUAGAUUGCUUCAGCAACUUAUAAAUGAAGGAAUAGUUUCGAUGAUGCUUAAUUAUAUACAAGAGGAAUCAGUAGUCAGUAACGAAGCAAUAUGGGUAAUUUCUAAUGCGAUUCAGUAUGGAACUGAAGCACAGGUGUUGCAGCUAUUGGAAAAUUAUAAUCUAACGGAAUUUUUAUGCAAUACCUUAUUAAAAUUUGAAAAUUCACAGGUUCUAUACAACGUUAUUGUUGCUAUGAGUGCGUUAUUAACGAAAAUCGAGGGAUUCCCGGAUCUAUCCGAAACAUUACAAGCAAAUGGUCAGGAAUUUUACUUCCAUUAUUUUGUUGAUACGCUCUUGUUUAUUGACGGCUAG